CAUCACCACCCUGGAAGCCAAGGACCUCGCUAUCUACCACAAUGGGGUCCGCCCAACGCGGUGCAGCUCGGAAAUUAUGGCGCUUAUUUCAAAAACAACCCCUUUAUUUGUGAUUGCAGGCUGCACUGGCUCGUGUCUCUCGUCUCAAGAAGUUUUGUGCGACAAGACGAGAUAGUUGAUACACUGCUUUUUUGCGCGCAACCAGCAGAGCUGAAAAAUAAGUCCUUCGAUUUCCUUAUUCGGAGUCCAGACGUCUUGAUCUGCAACGUCAGCCGAGACUGUCCGCCAGGCUGCACGUGCCAGGAACGACCUCAGAGAGGUUACACCCUGGUGAACUGCGAUCCCAUCCAACAUCUGUACACUCGUCUCCCUGCUGUGCUUCCUUCCGCCCCUCUCCUGUACCUCAACAUGUCCGGUCACCAGGUGCGCGAGUUGGACACUGGACUGGAUUACCUACCGCGACUUUACGGAUUGAACAUCGCCGAUAAUAGAUUGACAGAAGUGACGUCAUCUUUCAUGGCCGCUGCUAGCAGUCUCGUUAUGCUCGACCUCAGCCAAAAUCAGCUGACGUCACUUCCUGGUGAAGCUCGCCGCCUGCCUAUACAACAUCUUAAGGUAACAGGGAACCCUUUCAAGUGUUCUUGUGAUUUUAUCUGGUUUGGCGAGUGGGUUCGCACUGUCAUCGGCAACGUUUCAUCUAAAGAGGCAGCAAAGCCUUCGUGGCGAGAAGAAGACUCCUCGCUGCUCAACAACAUGGCGCCCGAUUUCCCGCCGGAAGCGCCUCACGACGUUUCUCUGGACGAACAGCUACGUCAGGAUUUGUCCUCGCUGACUUGUCGUCGAGAGGGGCAGACGAUGGCGCUGACGGAGAUGUCGGUGGCGUCGCUCGGGUGUGGUCGGCUGGCAGUGGAGGGCAUUGCCGGCGGGUGCGUAGUGCUGUUGCUGCUGUGUGCUGCGGUCGUCUGCUGGCGACGUCAGUACGAGACCAAGAUCCUCUUAUUCUGGGUGUACCGCCACUGCAAGGAGGCUUGCUGCACAAGACCCAUCGUGGUGUACAAGAAGGAGGAGGUCACGGAGGGCCCUGUUGCAGCAGACGAGCAUUACGACGUGUUCGUGUCUGUCGAUGAAAAGGAUGACGUGGCACUUACCUGGGUGAUCCAAGUGCUGUUGCCGCUGCUGGAAAAAAGAGACCUGCCCCUAUCCGUGUACCUCCCAGCAAGACAAGAACUGCCCGGGGAAUGCAAAGCAGAGGCCAGGGCCAACGCCAUCGUGAAGAGUCGAAACACUUUGGUGCUCAUCACACCUGGCUAUUCCCGCAACCCGUGGUGUCGCUACGAGUUCGAUCACGCGUGCCGACAUCUGGAGGAGCACAACGCUGGAAAAUUCGUUCUUCUCAGGAUGGCGGACAAAAACGACGACGAUGACGACGACGACGACGAUAAUGACAACGAUGAGAUCGCAAAUAAAAACGGGGAGGAUAACGACGUGGAGGACGGGAAAAAGGACAGGCCUUGUCCAGACUGUGUGAAAGCCGGGGGCGGACAGCAGGCAGUCGUCUACAACGGAAACAUCCAAUAUAACGACGGUAACGAUGCAGACGAUAUAAGAAGACACGAUAAUCAUGGGGGAGGCGACUUUGUUGAGGCGCCGAACGGCGAUGUUCCCAGAAAGGAAGCAAGAGACUUAGGCGAAGAUCGUGCUGCUGGCGACGACAAGCCUAAGAACGACCGCCGCGAGCUGAUCACCAUUCCUGAUAACCGUGCUGGUAACAAACUGUGUGGGGCUUGGUGUAUUGGUCAUGGUCGUAGUUUUCAUUUACCACAUCUGUGGCGACGACAGCAACGGCCGGACGAAAAGACGACACCACCUCGCCGUCAGAGGGCGCACAAGCUAGCGCGCUAUUGUGAGAGCGGUGACCACAUGAUAGCUGUCGAGCCUCUUAACACGUACAUCGCUGAGCGGCGGUUCUGGCACAUCGGUGACCGCUUGCUGAAACAGAAACUUCUGUAUGAACUGUCUGUUGUGAAAAAACAAACACCUGCCUUUGUCUAAAUUUGUUUGUGUAUGUGAAGCUGUGACCCUUUGUAGUAAAUAAACAGCGUUUAUUACUUAAUUA